AUGAGCAGCGUCAAUCCGUACGCAGCUGCACGCACAAGAAGAGUGUCCUUCCUCCGCCUAGGCAAUAAAUCCGCUAACUCUCCAGGGACACGCUUUUUUUCUGAAGCAUUAGCACCCGGCCGCAGCGCAGCAGCCGCAAGCGGCAAUCGACAGAACGUAAUAGACGAUCGCGUGUGCCUCGCUAGUCGUUUGCGCAGGACUGCUUUUGGAGAUUUUUUUGGAAAUAAUGGAGCACAAGCACGAGCACCUCAGUUGCUUCCUCCACAACCGAGGCCAAAGCAAGCGUGGGGUUCCAUGGUACCUAUUAGUUCUUUAUUUUAUCAGAAUGAAUUUGCAUGUAUGUGCUGGUCUCCUUGUUGUUAGUCACCGUCUAGUCCAUUCAUCAUUAUUUUAUCACAAUAAAUAUAACUUCAUUCUUUUCUUCAUUCUUGCAGACAGUGCUGUGAAUAUGAUGUACUUCAUCGCUAUGGAAGGAAAAUGAACUUUACUCAUCCUCAAAAACCUACGCACUUCAAAAACCGAAUUUAAUUUUUCCGCUUGGCCAUCUUCUAUCCCUAUUCAAACUAGGCAAGCGAACAAUUGGGGCAAUCGCAACCUUCCGCGAGGCCGACGCCGAAUCCCGGGGAGGUUGGUGUGAUCAAUAAGGUCUCGCUUAGUGACUCUCAGACGACCGAAGAUAGAUGCGUCGCCGCUCUCGAGGAAGCCGGGACGCUGCUGAAGGCGGAGACGACGGACAAGCUGGCACCCCACACCCUAAGUACCUUGAACGAAAAAAUCAAUGACUGCGAAUUCCCCGUGCCACUCUUUAAACUCGCAGCUUCACUGCGAGCAAAUCCAAACCAGGUGACACGAGCAGAAAGCAAGGUGCAGCUGCUCCGAUUUGGAGCCGCGAACCUAUUCGCGCAGAUCGACAACAACGGCUACAUGAUGGAGAAUGCGGGACACAGGGUACAGAGAACUACAUAGUACUAGUAGCCGCAUCUUUGUAGAAGCGGCCGAUGACGUUAAGGAAGUAUAUUGAUAUAUCCACAGGGGGGGGGGCGUGUCUCCUUGUGUCAUACAUAUGCCCCAGGGCGCAGGGGGGCCCCCGUAAGUAGACCUGGGGAGCGCCCUAUACUAUAGACCGCGGACCGAAUCCCUCCCCCCUUUCCCCCUAUUAUAAGGGAGAAGGACGCGCUUGAUGCUCCUACGCGUGACGCGCGUGAGGCGCUACGCUUUUGAGCGUGAUUGGGGCGUGACGCGUCACGCUUAUGAGCGGGACGCCCCCCGCUUUUAUGCGUGGCGCCUGAUGAUCUGAGGAACAUCCGCGGGGGGCCUGACGAUCGGAGGAACAUCCGCAGGGGGCCUGAUGAUCUGAGGGAUAUCAGUGGAAAGCCUGACGACCGGGGGAACUGACAUCCGGGGGAGACCUGGCAGCCUGAGGACCAUCCGUCGGAGACCUGGCGACCUGAGGGACAUCCGCGGGAGGCUUGACGCUCUGAGGAACAUCUACGGGAGGUCCGACGACCUGAGGAACAUCCGCGGGAGGCUUGACGACCUGAGGAGCAUCUGGCGGAGGCCUCAGGACCUGAGGAACAUCCGGGGGAGGCCUUACCAUCUGGGGGGCGUGCUAUGUAUCCUUGGGAGGCCUUACGAUCUGAGGACCAUCCGCGGGGGGCCAUGUGAUAACGAUGACGAUCUGAGGAACGAACAUCCGUGGGGGGCCUUAUGAGCUCAAGAGCAUCCAUGGGUGACCUUAUGAACCCAAGGACAUCCGCGGGCUGCCUUAUGAUCUCAAGGACAUCCGUGGACUGCCUUACAAUCUCAGCCGCAAGAACAUCUGGGGGCGGCCUUAUGCUCUGAGGGGUCCAAGCUCAUCCACUCUUCGGAAGUUGCUAGCUUGUGUGCGUUCGCGACUUUCUUUGCAAAUACCUGCAGCCCAAGAAGCUGCGGCAGUCUUCUCCAGAUGUGCCUGGUCAGAGUAUAUUAAUUUGGAAAGCGCCGCGCCUGGCAGUCACCGAUGGAGGAAAAUCGUAGCGGAAAGCUGUCAACGCUCACGCGCGCGGCCUUUGUCUUUGUCUCGUUAACAUGAAGCCAAGAACAGGAGCCCCGAAAACAAAACCGACACAAGACAACCCACACACGAGCAGGCCAGCCAGCCACUGCUCUGAGAGCGCCAGACACAGGCUGGCGAACCAGUCGGCGGCGCAGCCACCAGCCAAGUCCUCAAGUGAAUGCAUGACACCAGGCCAAAGGCCUCCCAAGUCUGGAGAGAGAAACAGAGGAACCAUAGAAACCAGAGACAGCGCGGAGCCUUAUGCGGUGCUGUUGCAAAUUCUUGAGAAUCGGCUCGCAGCGGUCCACUUCUGUGCUUUCAUCAGAAAAAGGAGCACGGAGGGCGAAAGCUUUAGAACCUUCGCGGAAUGUUUGCGGAAAGUUUGCAAGAGGUUUGGACACUGUCGGAACUUCGUGCGCCUACCUUUUCGGGGGCAAAGGCUCCGGAGGGAGGUGUUCCGUGGGGGAGUUCUUUCGCAACGUUUUUGCUUUUGCUAAGAUUUUUUUCAGCUAGAAAAAGAAAAAAGAAGCGAGAGCCACCCCAGGCGCCCAAGCGCAGAAAGAUGGCCAACGCCGCUCCGCUUUGCCACUGCUAGCUUGCUCCCCCCGCUUGCGUCUCCCUUGCCUUCCUCUCACCUCGAGGAGCUUGCACAGGCGUGCCGCGGCUGCAUUCCAGGCGGCGCCGGUCAUGCUUAUGACGUGUGGGCGGUCCACACCCACCCGGCGCCGGGGCUGUUGACAACAGAGAAACACAACACAAGCACAAAGCACACGAGGCCGCGCCGGUGCCUUUUUCGUACAUCCUUGCAAACACAGGGACAACGAGGACGGAGACCAGCCCAGGCAACUUUUCGCGGAGAUUUCGCGGCCAUCUUUAGCACCACCGCGGUGGCCUCCAAGUAAAUGCUUAAGCUAACAGGCGCAGGCGCUGAAACUGCCCGCGCAGUGACUGAGUUGGAGAAUGCUGGAAAACAGCACAAACGUGCAGCGAAUUACUUAGAUCAACCAGCCCAAAGCCCUCGCGCCGAAGGAAGCCCGCACGGCUGGACUUCGUGCUUUGCCUCUUGUUGGUUUCCUUUCUUGCUUAUUACCCUCUGCGCCCUUGCUUUAAAAGAGCCACACGGCUGAACAAGCUCAAAAAGCUCACACCAACUGAGUCUGUGAGGCUGCCUAGCUACCAUUUGGGUGCAUCUUGGCGCAUGUUCUUGGGGUUGAUCAUAAGGCAGCCCGCUGACGUUUUUGGGCUCAUAAGGUCGCCCGCGGAUGUCUUUGAUUUCAUAAGGCUGCCCCCGGGUGUUCUUGAGGUCACACGGCCGCCCCCGGAUGUUCCUGACAUCAUAACUAAGGCCGCCCACGGAUGUGCCUCAGAUCAUAAGGUCGCUCGCGGAUGUUCCUCCGGUCGUAUGUAAGGUAGGCCUCCCCCGGGUGUUCUUCAGAUCGUAAGGUCUCCUGCGGAUCAGUGUUCUUCAGGUCAUCGGGCUGCUGUGUGGCCGUGGGACUUAUUGAACGCCGUCUAAAGGGGACCCAUCUCGCGGGCCACUUACUGUUACUUCGAGACUAAUCCUAGGCAUCAAGACACUGGCGGGCGGUUUCUUAAAGAAAGCGCCGCUCGCUAUGUGCCUCGCGGAUUUCUUAAAAGCCCACGACGAUAGGUCUGGACAUGUGCGGGGAGGCACUGCGAUGCCAUCCCGAAAAGAACUACUCUUAGCGCCCAAAAAGUACUGAAGUGGAGGCUGGCUCUUAUACGGCGAAGACUUUUUAUGCGCGCCGCUUUUUCUUUUUCCCCUGUUCGUUGGGUUCGUUUCUACCUCCUGGGCCUCAGGGUGUAGUGCGUGAAGUGAUGGGACUUCAACAGGGCCCAGGCUGCGUUUUUAUCUGCGCUCGUUAUGGUCUUGCUGAUGUUUCUCGUGGCUGGUUUCGUACUCACUCUGACUAAGAAACUUCGUGGAGUAGAUUUCAGCAGCUAUGACCCGGCUCAGGUAGGUACUUUCGUCCUCGUUACUGACACCGGAGGCAGUGCCAUCCGCGGCACUAAGUCAGAGGCUUACACAGGUGAGGCUGAAGCCCAAAAGUCUUGCGAGAUUGAACUUUUACCACCGGGACACAAAGCAUCGGGCGCAAUUUGUCUCCACGUAGACGAUACCCCUCGGGGAGAUGGCGACAAGUUCCAUCAGGUGCGUAAAGAAGUCGCUUCGUGCUUUCUAGUAGGAGACAACUGGGGUGAAGGCCUUAGGCCUUUACUUCGUUCAGUCCUUUGCUAUUCUUGGUCGUGGCUUAGAAGUUUACGAAAGAGACGCAAGCCGCAGGCGCUCGCCCAAAAUUUCGCAAGAAGGAAGCGAUGGGAAGUCAUUAGAUGAGAUGACUACUCAGCCCGGGAGGGUGCUGGCCUUGGGAAAGCCUUAGAAACAGCUUCCCGCAGUCUUUUUCGUGCUAUGGUUGGUUGGCCGCCUUAGCUGGAUAACUUACAAAACAAGGCCGGGCUUGUUAUCUGGCGCCUUCGUUCGCUGGUGCUUGCUAGGGCAGUUGUGAGCUUUAUUUGGGGUGGCGUUAUUGCAAUAGCAAUCGCUCUAAGCAAAGCUUUGAGUUUGAGGACGGCGAUUUUUCAUCGUGGGAAUGGCAUUCGCAUGCACCCCAUGAAAGUGGAAAAACGUCGCACCGCUGCACACUGACCGGCGCAAUUUACAACCGUCGCAAAGCUUGCCCGUCUGUUUAUGCUGGUAGGUGCGUUUUUCAUAUCUGGCUACGAACGGCGUCGACUACGGCCGAAGCUUUUACUUUACACCGGCGAGCCUGCAGACCGUUCGGCGCCAGUAUCUAGUGAGCCCACAUGGGUCCGCGCUUCUCUGAUAUUUUGGAGACGCAAGCCGCGGGGACUUUUCCACGGGUGGCGGCAAGUCGUUGAAGGGUGGGCGUGGCAACAAGAGCCCAGAAACGCUCGCGCAAAGAAUGAAAGCGCCAUGUCGGCGCCGAACUACGAAGAACCACAGACGGGCAUCGCCUCAGGGCUGAAACGUCUCCGCAACGUUUUGGCAGCGAGCUGGGUGGGCUUUGAGGGGGAUUCGUCAGAAAAGUGCGCAGAAGCGGCGGCCGCUGCUCGUUUCUGCGACUUUUUCUGGUCGUUGUUUCGCCGUUUCAAAUUCGUUCUCCCGAGAUUUCUGGGGCUGAGCCGUUGCAGGGCCGCCAGGAUUUCUGUCGGCUGUUUGUGGUGGCUUUUUCUGGUUCUCCGCUGGCGUCAAGGUAGGUCGCUGCCCAGCCAGGGAGGCCGCGCUCUCGCUUCGUGUUUUCCAUGUCUUUGAAGGGAGGGGCGUCUUGUGUGGUUCUGUUCGUCUUCAUUUCGGGCACUGUCCCAAAGGUGCCACCUUUGGGAGGCCCAUGGGCAUGCGCUUUGUUCCUCUAGGGAUGGGAAGCGUUCCAGCACGUGGGUCGCUGUUUCUUUGUGUGUGCUACAAGUAGCAGGACGCAGGCAGCAAGAGCAUGAAAGCCGAAGGGGCUGCUGGCUGAAGGUGGUGGGCACAAGCAACAAGCCGGGGAGGGUGCAAGGAUCUACAGCGGGCGCGCGUUCUGGGUCCGUCGUGGGUCUGUGGUCGCUCCCUUCGUUCUGUCUUCUUCACCGUCUUCAUAACUGCAAAAGCAUACACACAGGUGAGAGGGCUGGGGGACUGAGACUCUUCCAUGCCCCAGCUUUUUCCUUCCUCGUUUCUUUUAUAUUGGCUUCGGUUUUUCUGUGCUCAUGUAGGCCAAGCGGCUGCUGGGUAUGUCUCUAAGUGCUUAAGUAGGUCCUUGGGUGUUUUGGAUUUUUCGCCUCGUAGUUUCUGUCUCAGGUGCUGCCUGUCUUCAGGCUGUGGCUCUCCAUCGCUAGCGCCGCGGGCUCUCCGCAUGGUGGUGGCGGAUGUCUCGGCGGGUGCCGUCGGUUGUUGGUCGGUAAUCCUUGCGGGUGUGUCUGUGGUUGGGGUUUCCUUGUGUGUUGUUUUUCGUCUUUGUGUUGUGUCGGCGGCUCUUUGCUAGGUUUUUGCAGGUUUCAAAUUAAUCUGCCAGCCAGCGCUCUUGUUAAAAUCUGGCCAAAAAAGUCGGGCUUUUGGGAUCGCGGGGCGCCUGCCCUGGGCCGUUGUGUGUCUGUUUCGUUUUUGGGGUUUUUCUGCCUUUGUUCUCUUGUUGUUUUGUUGGUGUAUUUGCGAGCGAUACGGGAGACGCUUGCGGGUAACGCCCUUUCUUGGUACUCUACAGGGGUUUCGCGGGUCUUGAAACCUGCGGCAGCGGAUCAAAGGAGGCGACCGAAAAAGCCCCCGGCCCGCUUUUUUCGGUCGUUUUUUUCGUUCGGUUCUGGUUCUGUAUGCUUUGGCUGGGUGGCUCGGCUCGGGGGUGCAUGUCUUAGGGGUGGCCUCGGUUGGGGGGUGCAUGGCUGAAGUUUGUCAAGAUGACGAUGGGCCAUCGGCCUUCGGGUCAAAUUAUGCUUCUGGUCUCCUUGGUAUUUUCGUGCUCCGUCUUUUCAUUGGGUUGGGCUUGUUUGUGUUUGUCUUCUGUUGCUUGGUCGUCUUGCCCCGCCCCCUGUGGAGGAGGGGCCGGGGGCAUUCGGCGGAUUAUCUCUGCCUCUUGGUGCCCACACUGAGCCACGGCCCCGGGGCUUGACGAUUGGCGCAACAGCUCGCGCGGAAGUGCUGGGCCUCGCGCUCGAAGGGUUGGGGGACGCGGGGGGGGUCGUGCCUGGGCUUGGGGGGUGGGGUCCCGUUGGCCGGUGGCCCUUCCAAGUCGACGGUUAGAAAACGGGCAAAAUUUUUCCGGCUUUUCUCGUUAAAAUUUUUCAGAUUUUUCUCGGGUUGGAAAAGAGCGAGAGACCUUUCGAGAAAAAAGCUAAAGAAACGGCUAAAAAAGGCUAAAGUUUUUAGUCUUUUUCCCGUGUGAUCUCGCUUAGAAGUCGCCCGCCUUUGCUUUUGGGGUCGGUUUAGAGCACUCCCGCUGAGGUUUAGAGCACUCCCGCCGACUUUUUUAACCGUCCCCAAAGUUGGCGACUUACUUUUUAGCCGUCAUCAGGGUAAGCCAAUUCCUUUGCGGAUUUGUCGCCUUGAUUGGUAGCCGUUUUCUGGUUUUUUAACCGGUUCCCGCGGGGUCUUGGGAAGCUUGCCUUCGGGCCGCGCAGCCGUGCCGCCGAUGACUGGGUCGCAUCUGACGCACCUGCCGCAUUCCGCUGGCAGGCCUCGAGUUGUGGCGUGGUGCUCGUGCAAGCGGCGCGGGGUUGGCUGGGUGGUGUGCGUGUGGACGUUGAAGCCCCGCAUCGUGCAGCGCUUGCCUGGGGUGGGGUUGGGCGUCCGCGUCAGUCAGGUUGCGUGGGCUGGGUCGCGUGAUUCGGGAGUGGGUGCCGGGGUCACGGUUCACUAGCUCCGCGAAGUGUGGCCCUAACGUCUGCGCCGGUGAGCCUCGCGGGCUGGUGUGGUGUCGGCUCUUUGUUUCGGGCCUUUUCUUGAGGUGUCUGUCUCGAAGUGAGUGCGUGGGGCUGCUUGCUGGAGGCCGGCCCAGGUGCGUGCGCUAGACUCGCGGUUGCUUGUUAUAGCAUUGCGGUGGCACGGGUUCGCCCGGUGAGGUCUUUCGGGGGUCUUUUAUGUCGGCUCGGUUGUUGCCCCCCCGGCAGCCAGAUCAGCUGGCGCGGGUGUGUUGUGGUGUCUGUCGGUCGGGAUUUUCUCAAAGCUUGAAACUUUUAGCAAAAUUAUGGCCGGACUUGUUGCUUAUAGGUUUGGGCCUCACCGUCCGGGUCGCGUCUUAGUCAAGUCGCUGCCAGCUUCGUGGGCCUCGCUAAUACUCUUACGCCGUCCCACACGCGCACCACGGUCUUCGGCGCGUCACCCCGUCACGCAGGCACACGCUCAUGCGUCGCUUGAAAAUGAAUGCUUCAGCGUGCGUCACGCUCUUGGCCUCAGGUGGGUGCGUACGGCUGUUAUAGGGUUGGUUCUUUCAUAUGCGGGGGGGAGGAUCCCCGGAGGGACCCUUUUUGGAGGUGUCUGCCGGGGGUGGGACACUUCUAAAGGAGUCCAUGGGGGCUUCCUCCGCUUCCUUCCAGCUGCCUGCGUGUACCUUCGAGGCCUUCUAUCAGCGUGCCUGGCUUGGAAGGCCUCUGAAGGUGGCAAAGGGCGAAAGGCUGGACCCCCGGGGCUGUGCGGCUUGUGCCUUGUCGGCCCUUGGUCAUGGGUUUGCUGGCUCUUGCCACGCAUUUGAUGAGGACCGGCAACCCAGCAAAAGGGGCCAGGCUUUGGGAUCAUUGUGGCUGCCUUCGGCGGCUUUCUACCCCGGAGGCCUCCGGCUUGCGGGGUGCGUCAAAACUUGGCGCGGGCGUCCCCUUGCGCCUCUCUGCAUGUUCCCAGCCUGCUCCUGGCGGGCCUCUGCUGACCCUUGCGGGCUUGGCUUGGGGGGCCUGCGUCUGGGGUAGAGGGCUGCUGAAGGCGGCCGCCGCGGUCUCUUGAAGCAGGUUGAUGACCAAGGGCCCGGAGGGUACAGACCACACAGCUGCUAAGGGGGUCUGUCCUUGCGUCUUUUGCCGCCUUCGGGGGCCUUCGCUCCACUCUUGGCGCACUGCUGCGGCUGUGAAGCACGUCGGCAGCUUGUGGGGCACACGCAGGCAGUUACCCGGACGAAGGCAGCGGAGGGGGCCCCCUGGACCCCUUUCGGAGGGGGACACCUUUGGAAGCCUUCCACCGCCAGCGCAUGCCUUCCAAAGGGGUCUCUCUGGGGGUCAGGCUACGCCCUCCCCUACGCUAGGGGGGGGCGCUACCCUGCACCCUGGAACGUUUCCAGUUGUUGUGAGUAUUCUUGUUGGGCGUAUUCUUUUAGGAGCAGAUAUUACUAUUGUUGAAAUAAAUUUUGAACCAAAUAAAACAUUGGAGGUAACUAACUAACACACCUGCAGCUAUCUUUAGCUGAGAUCUCUUGCUUCGUCACUAAUUAAUAUCCAGGUCAGCGCAGAGGAGAAGCACAAGCGGCACGGCUGCCAGAAAGUGUUUUUCUCAGAGGGCUUCAACGAUGAAAGGCUAAAACAAAUAGCAGCAGCCUUGCUUAUGCAAGUAGAAUUAUGGCCAGAUACAGACUUUUUUUUCUUUAUCUUCGAGUUCUAGUACUAGAGCAUCUCGUGACACUCCGUGUCCAGUAGACAGUAACACAGUGAAGGGUUGCAUCGUUCCAGAAUAUUGGUCCUCCACGGUGGAAAUUAGUGAAAAUCUUCUAAAAUAAAUUAGAGGGGGUUGUGAGGUCAGCCCAGCGGU